ACUGCGGACAGAGUACAGGAGAUGACCAGAGACUGCGGACAGAGUACAGGAGAUGACCAGAGACUGCGGACAGAGUACAGGAGAUGACCAGAGACUGCAAACAUAGUACAGGAGAUGACCAGAGACUGUGGACAUACUAAAGAUGACCAGAGACUGCGGACAUACUACAGAUGACCAGACACCGCAGACCUUUGGGGAGCAGGGGGGGUGGGUACCCAAAUUUGACAGGAGUUGUCCUCUCUGUAGUCUUGUGGGACACGUGACAGGUCCCAGAAGACUAAAAGGCCAUUCACAAAGCACA